UUCAAUUGAAACUUGAAAAGAAAAAAUCAGGAGAAAAAAAAGCCUCACGAGCGUCCCUUCUAUCCCCUCGCGAUCUCGUCUCUGAGUCCCCCCCCAUCUGAACCCUAAACCCCUUCUUCUCUGUCACGCGCUCCCCGUUCGCCGCCCUCCGCCGGCGCUCACACCGUCACCGUCUCCGUCGUCCUCCGCCGCCCCGCCCCCACCUCAUCUUCUCCAUCUCCGUCACGCCGUUGGGAUCACGCUGGAAAUUCAAAUUUUCAAAAUAAAGAUUAUAUAUGGAAAAGGAAAAGGCUGGGGCCACGACAGAAGAGAUAAAGGAUAUUACAAAAAGUAAAGCUACCAUCAAUAUUGAAGAAGAGGAAGUUGAUGAGACUCCAACAAAAAGGCGUAGGAACAUGCCAGUAUCCAUAGUUUGGGAACAUUUUGAGAGAUUGAAAGGUGAUCCUAAUGAACCUUAUGCUAGAUGUAAAUAUUGUGGAGCUACUUAUGCUUGUCAUUCGAAGCGUAAUGGUACUGGGACAAUGAAAAAUCACUUAGAAAGUUGUAAGAAAUACCCUUAUCAAAGGAAGAGAGAUUCAUCUCAAAAGACUUUAUCUUUCAAACCUAAGGAAGAAGCUGUUAGGGAUAGUCCUUCACAACUUGUAUGUGAACCUAAAGAGGAAACUGUUGGAGAUGGUCCUUCACAACUUGGAUGUGAAUCGUCUAAUUUACAAAAUUGUCGUGAAACUUUGGCUGAAAUGCUAAUCAUGGAGAAAUUGCCUUUUAAAUUUGUAGAGAGUAAAGGUUUUAAGAGAUUUGUUAGUAAAUUAACAUGUUCGCAAGAGCCUAAGUUUGUUAUUCCAUCUCGAUUUACCAUAGCUAAGGAUAUUCUAAGGAUAUAUGUUAACGAAAAACAAAAAUUGAAAGACAUGUUUGUGAAAAUAAAAUCUAAAGUUUGUCUCACUAUUGAUUGUUGGUCUUCAGAACCGAACAUAAACUAUAUGGUAUUGACUGCGCACUUCAUUGAUUGUGACUGGAAGUUACAUAAAAAGAUUCUUAGCUUCACUCAAAUUGAAAAUCAUAAGGGGGACACCAUUGGUAAGACUAUUGAAAAGAUUUUGAAGGAUUGGGGUAUUAAGAAAGUUAUGACUUUGACUGUUGAUAAUGCUCGUUCAGAUGAUACUGCUAUUGCGUUUCUUAUCAAGAGAUUCAAUAAGCGGUUGAUAUGUAACGGUGAAUAUCUGCAUGUUAGAUGUUAUGCACAAAUACUGAAUCUUAUUGUAUGUGAUGCUUUUAAGGAACAUAGUGAGAGCAUUAGUAGAAUUCGAAAUGCUGUUAGAUAUGUGAGGUCUUCUCUUGCACGUUUGAAGAAAUUUAAGAAGUGUGUUGAAAAUGAAAAGAUUUCUUGUAAUAGUGUUAUGUGUCUUGACGAUCCCACUAAAUGGAACUCUACGUAUAUGAUGCUUGAGUCAGCUAUAAAGUUUGCAAAAGCGUUUGAUAGAUUAGAGGAUGAUGAAGAUGCUUAUAGGAACGAUUCGCCACCUACGAAAGAGGAUUGGGGAAAUGCUAGGAUGUUGAUUAGGUUUUUGAAAGUAUUCUAUAACGUCACAUUGAAAGUCUCAGGGUCUUUGUAUACUACUUCGAAUUUGGUUUUCCAUGAGAUAUGUAGAAUUCAGAAUUGCAUACAAUUGAAUGGUAAUAGUGGAAAUAAAAUGCUUUCUACCAUGGCUAAAAACAUGAAGGCUAAAUUUGACAAGUAUUGGGGAAAUGAUGAGAGGAAGAACAAUAUAUUGUUGUGCAUUGCCGUGGUGUUGGAUCCUCGAUAUAAGAUGAAAUGUUUAAAAUAUUGUUGGAAUAAUCUUUAUGGGCCAGACAUUGCCAAGGCUAAGAUGAAUAUGGUGGAGAAUGUUUUGAGACGUCUCUUUCAUGAAUACAACAUCGGACCACUUAGUGAUAGCAGUAAUAGUUCUAGUGCUAGUUGUAGUACUAGUGUUAGUGUCGGUGUUAGUGCUAGUGCUAGUGCAUGUGACUUCGCUAAUGAAAUUCAUAGUUGUGGUUGUAGUUUUCCAAAUGCUUUAGAUACCAUUAUGGAUGUAGAUGUGGAUGUGGAUGUGGAAAACGAAUUAGAAGCAGAAGUGGAGUUGGAUUAUGGAAUAACAAAUUCAUUCAAAAUUGAUGAGACAACAACUUUUGAUAAGGAGUCAGAGAUUGAUGUAUAUUUGUUGGAAUCCCUAACUCCAGCUGAUAGUAAUUUUGACAUACUUCGUUGGUGGAAGGAGAAUGAUCAUCGAUUUGAGGUUCUUAGUCGUAUUAGCAGAGAUAUUUUGGCGAUUCCAGUAUCUACUGUAGCAUCUGACUCAGCUUUUAGUAUUGGAGGACGUGUGGUUAAUUCAAAUCGUUGUUCAUUGGCACCAAGAAUGGUGGAGGCUCUUAUAUGCACCCAAAAUUGGCUAAAUUCUGAUCCAAUAAAUCUCGAACUUCAUAAUCAAGACUUGGAAGAAGAUUUGAAGUUUGAAGAAGGUAUUCAUUUUAUUCUUUAUUUUUAUAUGUUUCAAUUUAGUCAGAAUAUUGUAACUUUGUUGUCUUUGAAAUGUUUUUUGUCUCUCUUUUUUUAUAGGAUUCCGAGCUGUCAUGGAUGGAGAAAAAGACAUUAAAGACAUGGAAGAUUUUGUAUAAUUAUGUGGAAACUUGUAUGAAUUAUGUAAUAAGGACACUGGACACUAUUAAUACUUUUAUAGCUAAUGAUUGAACUUCAUAUAAAUUUAGAGCUUUUAUAUUGGAACUUCUGUA